CGUGGGUUUGUCUGUCAGUGAGGGAUAAAGCUCAGAGCAGGACGCCUCUGUCAGUCAACUCUUCUUCUUCACCUCCAGAACAAACAGAGCUCACCUGCAAGACUGAUCCCAGAUAUGAGGCUCUGUUUCUGGGCCGGAGCUCGGUGCCUCCUGCUGGUCCUGGUUCUUCUGACAGACCGAGCCCAGCAGCAGCAACUCAGAGAGAGACACUACUACAUCGCUGCUGUGGAGAUCGACUGGAACUACUCUGGGAAUGACGCACAAAGGUUUGGCCCCAACUAUAGGAAAGUGGUGUUUCGAGAGUACGACGAAGACUUCAGGCAGGCUAAGACUCAUCCUUCGUGGUUAGGUCUGCUUGGACCCACCCUGCGGGCUGAGGAAAACGAGAUCAUCGUGGUCACUUUCAGGAACAUGGCGACUGAACCACACAGCCUCCACCCACAUGGCAUCGCUUACGGGAAACAGUCUGAGGGAGCUCACUACUUUGACAAUACCUCCCAGAAAGAGAAAAAGGAUGAUGUGGUGCAGCCAAACAGUGAGCAUAUUUACCACUGGGAGGUGACAUCAGAGAUUUCUCCUCAGAAGAAUGACCCCACCUGUCUCACCUACUCCUACAUCUCCCACCAAAAUGUUGUCCAGGACUACAACUCAGGCCUCAUCGGUGCUUUGCUUAUCUGUAAGCCUGGCAGUCUGGAUAGUUCAGGGCAGCAGGUCGGCAUCCACCAUGAAUACACCUUCCUUUUUGGGGUUUUCAAUGAGAAAGAGAGCAAAAACAAACCAACUGGCUACUCCCUUGAUAACCACGUCAAAUACACCAUCAAUGGAUACACAAUGGGAUCACUACCUGACAUCAGUAUGUGUUCUAACGCCCCGGUGAGCCUUCAUCUGCUGGGUAUGAGCUCAGAUCCCGAGGUGUUCUCUGUUCACCUGAAUGGACAGGUGCUGGAGCACAUGGGGCAUAAAGUGUCGUCAGUGGGUCUGAUCAGCGGGUCGACCACCACGGUUAGCAUGAAGCCUUUGCACACGGGCCGUUGGCUGAUGUCCUCUCACACCACCAAGCACAUGGAGGCUGGCAUGCAUGGUUACUUGGAUGUGAAAACGUGUGAAGGCUUCAAAGCACCCAAGAGAACAUUGACCUAUCUGCAGAGACGACACAUGAGGGAGUGGACGUACUACAUCGCUGCAGAGGAGAUUACCUGGGACUACGCACCGGAAGUGCAUGAGCAUGUAGAUGAGGACUUUAAAUUCCAUUACCUGAGACAGUCCCCAACACGCAUCGGUAAAAAGUACAAGAAGGCCGUUUACACACAGUACAAAAACGAGUCGUUCACUGAAAGAACAGAGUCCAAACAGAGGAAAAAUGAGCUGGGGAUACUGGGUCCUGUCAUCAGAGCACAAAUCAGAGACGUUAUCACGAUAGUUUUUAAGAACAUGGCCUCCAGACCUUACAGCAUUUACCCACAUGGACUGUCCAUAGAGAAGUUAGAGGAAGGAGCAAACUACCCUGCAGGAAGUAACCAGUCUCAUGGAGUUCCUCCAGGUGAGACGCGGAAAUAUGUGUGGAAAGUUCUACCAGAAGACGAGCCGAUGGAAGGAGACUCUCGAUGUCUGACACGGCUAUACCACAGCGCCGUGGACACUCCACGAGACAUCGCAUCAGGACUGAUUGGACCCAUCCUCAUCUGCAAGAGUCAGUCCCUCAAUGUCAGGAAUGUACAGCUGAGAGCAGACAAGGAGCAGCAUGCCAUGUUUGCUGUGUUUGACGAGAACAAAAGCUGGUACCUAGAUCAUAACAUCCGCCAAUACUGCGAUCGAUCCAAAGUCAACAAGGCAGACCCCGACUUUUAUAAAUCCAAUGUCAUGCACACGGUUAACGGCUACAUGUUUGAGAGCGGCCCCCUUCUCGGCUUUUGUAACGGUGAGGUUGCGACGUGGCACGUGUCCAGUGUUGGAGCCCAGGACUACAUCCAAACGGCAACUUUCUACGGACAUCCAUUUGAGCUGAACGAGCGGAAAGAGGACUACCUAAGCCUUUACCCCAUGACUGGAGAGACCAUCACUAUGAACAUGGACAACAUCGGUGUCUGGCUCCUGGCUACCUUAAACUCCCAUGAGACGACAAAAGGCAUGCGUGUGAAGUUCCAGGACGUUGAGUGCUAUCGUGACUACCAGUAUGAGUACGACUACGAAGAGCCAGAAUUUACCGUGUGGAAUCCUCAGACACCUAAAGAGACAGAGAAGAAGGAGGAGCUAGAAAAACAAGAAGAAAAAAAGAAGCCGGUAGAGGUAGACGAUUACACAGCAAUGUUUGCAGAAGAGUGGGGUCUCAGGUCUAUCAGGAACCAAUCUAAGACCUCGAGUGUUGAGUUGCUGGACCUUUCUUUCCUCGACUAUGAUGAUGUUGAUGUUGACGCAGACGUGGACAUUGUUCUUAAUAACACAAAGGAUAAAAAUAAGGCCUCUAAACCAGAGCCAAAUGCACAAAAUGAGACAUUAAAAUUGGAAAAAAUGGAUGGACUGAAUAUAACAGCAGUAAAUAUGUUGAACCAAAGCAGUGAGAAUACAACACAGUCAACUUUAGACACAGCUGAACCAGAUAACACAACCGUUAAUGGCUCAAAUACACUGGAAGCAAAUGCAUCAACAAUAACAAAUGCUACAAAUGAUAUGGCAUCAUUCAUUAUCAGAAUCCUAGCUGAGGAUAUUACCAAUCUUACCAUAGCAAUGGAGAAAAUUAAGAAUCUCAGAGCAGCUUUACAAGGAAAUUCAACUUCUAACUUAUAUGUUAAAGAAAUAAAAGCAAGUCUAAUUGGAGAUAACCAGCCCAGCAAGAUCUCAGAGGGUGAAUCCCGGGAGAAAGUUACCAAAAGGGAUGUGUUUGUCUCCAAGCCUCUGGGCAAUUCAUCAACAAGCAAUAUAGACGUUUUGCCAAGUGUAAUUGUCACCUCAUCAUCACGCAGAAUGAAAAGGGAUGUUGAGAAUAAAAUGGUGGCGACUCAUGCUAAUGUGUCAGCAGAUGCAUCAAACCAUUCAUUGCCUAUUAACAUGACUGAAGUCAAGGAGGAUAAAAAUAAUGGUACAGACGGACUCAAUGUGACAAAAGGGAACCAAAGCAAUGCAAAUGACUCUCUGAUCGCUAAAGAAGAGACAGAAAAUGAGCUCAAGGAGAAUUCUUUCACUAAUGCCAAUAUUUUAUCAAACUCCAGCACUGAAAGCCAAAUGAGUGAAAUUGUGCCUUUAGAGAAUGUCUCCGUGAACACAUCGAGAUCAAAUUCAUCCUUAGAGAAUAGUUUGUUGGGUCAGAUAAAUGUUACAGCUCUUCUUGAUAAAGUAAACCAAUCAUCAUCAUCAUCAUCAUCAUCAUCUUCUGAAAGUUUGUCCAAUGAGACCAUGAUUACGAGCAACCAAUCCCUCUCCAGACAAGAAAGUUCUGAGGUGCUUUCUUCUUCAGAAAGCAGUGAGGAAAUUGUAAUCUAUCUCAAAGAUAAUGACACAGUUGUGAUUAAAACCAAAUCUGUCAAGACGCAAGACCACAACUGGACCUACGAGGGAACUCAUGAAGUGGUACAGAUGGAGAUCCCUGAUGACGUGAAGAAGUAUUUAGAUAAAGAGCCUCCAACAACAUCGCCAGCCCCAAAGAAGACCAAGAAGGUGAACUUCAGACAGAGACCACAGAAGGGCCAAGGCAUGAAAACAAAGAGGAGGAAGGAAUACAAGCCUCAAUCAAGAAGUGGUCUACCAUUCUCUCCACGUGGAUUCAAUCCUGGCAUGAGCCCACGAGGGGCACGACCAAAUGUACCUCAGCCAUUCUCUGAUGAGGAGCAGCUCAUUAACAUGCCAGUGGUCAUCGGAGUGCCUCGGCCUGAUUUCAGUGACUAUGAGCUGUAUGUUCCUGGGGAUGAGCCGAACCAUCUCGGGCUGGAUGAACCUGACGUGAAAGAAGAUGAAUAUGAGUAUGUGGUCUACAAAGACCCCUACACUGGUCACGAAGACAUCAGCACACUCAACCUGGAUGAGACAGCCAAGUACUACCUAAAAUUCGCAGGCACUAAUGUAAAAACUUAUUUUAUUGCUGCAGAGGAGGUGCAGUGGGACUACGGCGGCUACGGACAGAGGAGGCAAGAAAAGUUUCAUCAAAACAACAGAGAGACAAAGUUCACCAAAGUGGUUUUCAGAGGAUACAUCGACAGUAGCUUCAAAACUCCUGAAAUCAGAGGAGAGACGGAUGAACAUUUAGGCAUCCUUGGACCUCUUAUUAAGGCUGAGGUUGGACAAAGCAUCAUGGUGGUGUUCAAGAAUAAUGCCAACCGUGCAUUCUCAUUGCAUCCAAAUGGGAUCACCUACACCAAACAGAUGGAGGGUCUGUCCUACGAGGAUGGCUCUAAGUACUGGUAUCAAUAUGACAAUGAGGUGAAGCCUAAUACCACCUACACAUAUAUAUGGAAGGUCCCUCCUGAGGCUGGGCCAACACCAGAGGAGUCUCACAACAAUCAGACCUGUCGGACCUGGGCCUACUAUUCAGGAGUUAAUCCUGAGAGGGAUAUCAACUCUGGCUUGAUCGGACCUCUGCUGGUGUGUCGAAAGGGAAGCAUGGACAACAAGUUACCAAACAUGAGGGAGUUUGUGCUGCUUUUCAUGACCUUUGAUGAGUCAAAGAGCUGGUACUACGAGCAGAACCGUGAGCUGAUCCAGAGGAAGAGUCGAAGAAGAGCCUUUGACCCCAACUUCAGGGAGAACAUCAAGUUCCAUUCCAUAAAUGGUAUUAUCUACAACCUGAAGGGCCUGAGGAUGUACACCAACCAGCUUGUGGCCUGGCAUCUAAUCAACAUGGGUUCUCCUAAAGACUUUCAAAGUGUCCAUUUUCACGGACAGACAUUCCUCCACAAGAAAACCAACAGCUACAGACAAGCUGUGCAUCCGCUGCUGCCUGGAAGUUUUGAUACACUGGAGAUGUUUCCAUCUAAACCUGGUCUGUGGCAGCUGGAGACAGAAGUCAGCUUCAACCAACAGAUGGGCAUGCAGACACUCUUUCUGGUUAUAGAUGAUGCCUGUGCCCGUCCACUGGGUUUGGAGUCAGGUAGCGUGAAAGACACCCAGAUCACAGCCAUCAACACCAGAGGAUACUGGGAACCUCAUCUCGCCAGAUUGAACAAUAACGGUAAAUACAACGCCUGGAGCACGGAGCAGAAUUACAGCUGGAUUCAGGUGGACUUCCAGCGGCCAGUUGUGAUCAGUCAGGUGGCCACGCAGGGAGCAAAACAGCUCUUCUAUUCCCAGUAUGUGACCAAAUACUACAUCUCCUACAGCACAGACCGACGGAACUGGAUCUUCUUCAAAGGUGACAGCAGAGCCUUCAGGAAGUUGUUCUCUGGGAACCAGGAGGCCUAUGAGAAGAGACAAAACAUCUUGUAUCCUCCUGUGAUUGGAAGAUUCAUCAGGCUCCAUCCUAUCGACUGGUACGGGAAGGCCACGCUCCGCAUGGAGUUCUACGGCUGUGAACUUGAUGGAUGUUCAGUGCCUCUGGGGAUGGAGACUGGACUGAUCAAAGACAACCAAAUCACAGCCAGCACCACAGCCACCAGCUGGUACUCUGGACCCUGGAAACCUUCACUUGCUCGCCUCAACAGACAAGGAACCAUUAACGCGUGGCAGGCUAAGUAUAACGACAUGCACCAGUGGCUUCAGGUGGAGUUGCCCCAGGUUAAAAAGAUCACAGGUAUCAUCACACAAGGAGCUAGAUCUCUGGGUAAAGAGAUGUACGUUAUCAACUACUCUCUGAUGUACAGCGACAAUGGGAUCCAUUGGACCCCUUACACAGAUGACGAGAACAUCUCCUCCAAGAUGUUUUAUGGAAAUACAGACAACAACGAACACGUCAAGAACUACAUUUAUCCUCCUAUUUUCUCACGGUUUAUCCGGAUUGUUCCUAGAAGCUGGAUGGGCUCCAUCACCAUGAGGAUAGAACUACUGGGCUGUGACUUUGAGUGAUAAAUAUACAACAUGCACAUAGACGAAUCAGAGUGGCGCAUUAUGAUUAAAGGGUUAGUGAGUUAUGAAGAUGUGUGGUGUUUUCAAAUCAUCUUGGCAGUUUAAAAAGUAUCUAUAAAGCAAAGGCUACAAGCUGGUUCAUUCAGUCACACUCAGCUUGAUAAUUCACACCAAUAAUGCAUCAUUUUUAAACCACACUACACAAAUCCUCCUUAUACAGAGGCCAAUUUGAGCUCAUGUCUUAGAUUUUAUUUACUAGUUAUUUAUGCCACUUUUAAACCCUUUUACAUCAGUGUUUUUGCUACAUUUGGCCCAUUUUUCCUCUAACCUAUUUUGUGACUUUUAACCCUUUUUCACAACUUCUAGUCAUCCAUCUGCCACCUUUUGGCAUUUUUUUAAACCAUUUUUGACACUUUUUGACCAUUUUGCCUCUGUGACCCAUUAAUAUGAAUUUUAACCAAGUAUUGACACUUUUCCCCCCAAUUUUUGACAACUAAAACGUAUUUUUGCCGCAAUUUAACUGCUUUUCACCACUGUUCUUCCAUUUUUGCCUUAUUUUAAACAUUUUUUGCCCAGUUUAGCUCCUUUUAAUCUUUAAGCUGCGACUUCUACCCUUUCAAUACUUGAGCUGCUAAUUUUGUUAACUCACCAAUUUUUCUACAUGUUAUACUUUUUAACUGUUUUUCAUAAUUUUUCUGCCCAUUUUAACCCUGUUUUUGCUAUUCUUAACCAAUUUUGGUGUCUUUUAACCCAUUUUUGACACAUUUUACCCAUUUUGCCAUUUUUAGCUGCUUUUCACCACUGUUCCCACUGUUCUUUGCCAUAGUUGACCCAUUUCUGCCUUUUUAAUGCAUUUAUGC